AUGAUGCCGAAGGACGAAGCAGCAGCUGCGGCACUGCCAGAUGCAACAGGGACACGUACAGGCGGAAGUGCCAACCCAUCCAGAGAUAUGGGUAAAUUCUCCUUCCUUCAACGCUUCUACUUCAACGAGUUUAUGUCUGCGGUGAUUGUAGAGUUCAUUGGCACCUUUUUGUUAGUCCUCACGGUCCCACUGAGUAGCUUGAACAACCCGGAGAUGGCCCCCUUCUCUGUAGGCUUCAUGCUCAUGUCGCUGGUUUUCUCCUUUGGCUACAUGAGUGGGGGGCAUAUGAACCCGAUGGUUUCUUUUGCCGUGUUUCUCAGCACCGCCAACUUUGGAAAGGCACGUAUGCUGUUCUAUUUUAUUGCGCAGAUGCUCGGCGGUGUGGCAGCAGCUUUCUACUGUGUGCUUAUUCACGGAAGAGACUUCCCAGUUCCCAACAUGGGUCUGGACUUUGUGCAGAUGCUGCGAGGUAUUUUGGCGGAGAGCGUCUUUACCUUUGUCCUGACAUCGGUCGUUCUGCACGUUGCUGUCAGCAAACAGCGCAAUAACAACUUUUACGGCUUCGCAAUCGGUUCCGCAGUGCUGGUAGGUGGCUUGACGUGCGGCUCCAUUUCGGGUGGAGCAUUCAAUCCUGCCGUCGCCACCUCUUUAAUAGUUGUUCGUUGUUUCAUCUCCUUCUCGGAGUCGGGAUGCACACCAAUGGCGUCACUUUGGGUCUACUGGGCUUCGGAAGCAGUGGGAUCGAUCGUAGGUACUAUAUUGUACCUGGCCGUGCAGAAUGUCGAGGAGCGCUUCUAA